AAGUUCACGUGAAACUUUCAAACUUUUCACGUUUCCGCCCUAGGGGAAAAGUUACAUGAUCGACUCCCUGUUUUGCAAGUCUGAUUUAUUUGUUUUUAACCUAAAAAAUGGAUGAACUAUUAAGUUGGGAAGAUAUUGAAAAUGAUCAGUUUUUUAAACAACUGUUAGAUUCUAAUUCCAAAAAAACAGACGUCAGUCCAUUGUUGUCAGUGGCCCAGCAACUGAAUAAAUUAGGACAAGCUAUCGAGGUCCUGAAUAUUGAACUGCAAAAACAAGUACUUGCUAAUCAUGAGGAUUUACUGUCACAAGCGACAUGGGUAGAAAAACUAGAAGGAGUGCUUUUUAUAAUGCAGUCUCAUAUACAAAGUCUCUUGUCAGCAGUAGAACGAUUACGUGGCAAGAUUAUUGAUCCAUUUAAUAGGAUUGAAAUGCAAACAAUAGUAUUGUCACGGCUUCAUGAAACCUCAGAUCUCUUAAGAAGAGUAGCUAGGAUGCAACAUUUAUCAAAACGUUUAAAUUCUCAAAUGACUAGCAUUACUCAAGGGCCAGACAUAAUUAAAGCUGCCAACAGUUUGCACGAACUUGAACAAUUAUUAGCAGACACGGAUCUUAAUGGUUUAGAUGUAAUCGCAGAUGACCAACAGACUAUAAAAACUCAGAGAGUUACAGUACAAAGAAUAGCUACACAUACAUUAACGCAAGGUUUACAAAUGACAGAUAAAACAAAGGUGAGCACAGCUGUGCAAGUCUUUCAAAACUUGGAAAUGAUAAGCAGCAUUGUAGACACAACUAUAGAAUCUAUCCUAACUGAAAUAGAAAAAAUUUCUACAGAUUCGUUAGAUGUAUCUUUGGUAACAAGUCAAGAUUUUGGAAAACGUGGAGCGCCAGGCAGGGCUGCGAUUCCGUCGCCUGGAUCAUCUGGAAAUUUACGUACGAGAAUUUGGGAAAAUCUCGAACGUCUUUUCCAAGAUACUUUAUACACGCAAUGUCUGCAAAUUGAAUUGCUGCAAAGAGUAUUGUUGGAACAUCACAUGAAAGGAUUUCACGAUUUAUCCGAAAAAUUUUGGGAUAAAGUAAACGCUCUUCUUGCAAAAAUCUUAGUUGAGCGUGCUCAAGGGUCGUCAUUUGUAAAACAAGCUCUAGAAGGGGAGUAUCCCAAAUUUUUAAGGAUAUAUUUAGAUUUGAGUAAACGUUUAAAAGAAAGAUCUCACAGUAUCGGAAUUUAUGAUAUCGACCGCAAUAUUUUAUUACCAUUUGAAAACGCAUAUUUAUCACGUUCAGUUUCUCGGCUUUUGGAUCCAGUUCACAAUAUGUUUUCUGGAGGUUUACCAACGCAUGACGAGAUCGAUAAUCUCAUACGUAUGAUUACAAAUGAACUGAGUGUAUCACUAGUGGAUGAUGGACUCUCGACUGUGGUGUCGCGUAAUGUAGGAAAAGCAAUAAGACUGUUCUGCUUAAAAUGCGAACAAAGUGUGGUAACAGGUGGCGAAGCCAGCCAAGUAAUCGAUUCUCCUACUACUGGCCAACAGACGAAUAUCACGCUUGCAAAUCUUCUGCAUUAUCUUUCCAACCAAACGAACCGUGUAAUAGCAAAUUUGACUGGAGGUUUAUCGUCCGAAGGAAGCGUCGUCAUUACGACAGCACUCAAGGAAACGGACGAAUUAACGAGAAAUCUGCUUGCACCAUUGUUAAUUUCUAUUAGUGAUGCAAUUGAGAGCAUUAUCUUAACAAUGCACGACGAUCCCGAAUUUAGAGACACGAGUAGCCCUCUAGGGAAAGAAAUUGGUUGUUCUCUUUACAUGCGUGAAUUACAAGGCUUUAUUUUACGAUCUGUGAAUACAUUUCUACUACCGUACAAAAAUCAAGUAGUUGUAACCGAAAGUUGUAAAGCUGUCGCGUCGAGAUGUAUAGAAUUAUUUGUGCGCCACGCUUGUUUGUUGAGACCUUUAACUGAUUUUGGGAAAGCAAAGCUUCUGGUAGAUUUUGCUCAGAUAGAAAUAGCUGUGAUGCCGUUGUGUCGCGGUGGCCAAAUGGGUUUGCUCGAACAACAGCAAUACAGAACUCUACGAGCGCUAAAAACUUUACUUCCCCUAAAUCCCGAGGAGAUGGUGGAUAAAAUUCUGGAAGGGCAAGGAGAGAGUAAUGUCUCGCCAUCUCUUAUUCUUCUGCAUCUGUUUUCUGGUGCACCGUCCGAAUUGACAUCACCUCAUCAGAGUGCCGGAUGGUCUGUAGGCCGAUUAUCUCAAUGGAUGGAUAAUCAUCCGAGCGAAAGAGACAGAUUAACACUGUGCAGUGGACCAUUAGAACGUUAUCAAUUAACAGUACGCCAACAAAAUCUCCCAUCAUUUCAUCCUCUAUUUCCACAAAUGAUGAAAUUAGCUAACUUGAAAGAACAGUCGAGUCAAUGAAAUAUAUAUUGCAUAUAUGAUGUCAAUGGCAUACGAUGUUUCUAAAUAAUACAUAUAAACAUAAA